AUGGAGACGAACGGAAUCACGAACGGCGCGGGCGGCGUCGAGCUCGCCAGCGCGCGUUUCUCCGAUAUCCCCUCGACGAUCGACAUACCCGUCGGCGACCAGCUUGACGAAGCUGUUGAGAUUAACCUCGAUGUCCUGAUCGAUGACCCUACGGAGCUCUGCACACUACUCGAGAACGAAGGCGCGGCGCGAACAUACUGGAUGACGGUGGCGAUGGCCUAUGCGAAACAGGGCAAAAUCGACCACGCCAUUGAGAUGCUGAUCCGGGCAAGCCAGGUCCUCCAGAACAGCACGCCGCGCGAGAGAGUUAGCAUGACCUGCACCUUAUGUUGGCUUUACCUCCACAAGAGUCGCGAAGCGCCUCGCGUCGCACCUGAAGGUGUCCUAGUUUCCGACGCGAAGACAAAGGAGUACUAUCUUCAAUUAGCCACCUCUUCCCUCAACGACGCGUCGCGCAUUAACCCCGCCUUUCCCCCUCUCUUCCUUGCCCGUGGCGUGCUUCAGCUUCUUAAGGCAUCGCUCCAGGCGCCGUCUACCUCUAGCGGACCAAAGGUGGUCGACCCCGAAAGAACCGAACUUCUCCGACAAGCGCUCAAGUCCUUCGAAGACGCAUUGAGGGUGUCGCAAGGAAAGAACAUGCUUGGACUGAUGGGCAAAGCGCGCGCUCUGUACUCCAUGCAGAAAUACCCGGAGGCCUUGACGGCAUAUCAGGAGGUUCUUCGGAAGAUGCCAGGACUCAUUGAUCCUGACCCGAGAAUCGGAAUUGGUUGCUGCCUUUGGCAGAGUGGUUUCAAGGACGAUGCGCACUCCGCCUGGGAGCGAUCUCUAGAACUCAAUCCAGGAAACAAAUUCGCCAACAUCCUAUUGGGUGUUUAUUAUCUCGACGCCAGCGGUUCCCUCCCCACGAACAGCGCCGAGUUCCUCCGAUUGUACAAGAAGGCAAUGACCGAGUACACCCAGAAGUCCUUCAAGAUCGACAAGAACCUGCCCCUGACAUGUGCAACAUUUGCGAGUUAUUUCCUGUCGCGCAAGUCCUUUGGCAACGUCGACACUCUGGCGCACAAGGCCAUCCAGUACACCGACGUUAAUGCCGUCGCGAGUGAUGGGUGGUAUUUACUUGCCAGGAAGGAACAUUACGAGGGCAACAUCAACCAAGCGAGCGACUUCUAUCGUCGCGCCGAUGAUGCGCGGGGUGGCACAGAGAGGGGUUAUUUGCCAGCGAAGUUCGGCGCGGCUCAGCUUUCAGUCCUUAGAAACGACCUGGGCGAAGCCAAAUUGCAACUCGAGAAGAUGAUUCAGUUGUCCAAGAACUAUGAGGCGACCAUUCUUCUUGGCACUCUUUACGCGGAGGAAGUGUUUGCCAACCAGGCUGCUGAGGUGAAGGAGGACAAGUCCUCUGAAACCACGAAGGCAGUUACCCUGCUUGAAACAGUUCGCCACGCCUGGAAGGACCCCAAGAAGAAUCUCCACCCUGACACCUCCGUCCUACUCAACCUUGCUCGCCUGUACGAGACCGAUCAGCCAGAAAAGGCACAGCAGUGCCUUCAGCAAGUCGAGGAAUUGGAAAUCAAUCAAAUUCCCGACUCCGAGCGUCCUCAAGACAAGGAGGAUGAUGCUGAAGUCCGCGCCGUGCUCCGGACUUAUCUCCCCCCACAGCUCCUGAACAACAUUGGUUGUUUCUACUCUCAGGCAGAGAAACACCAACUCGCUAGUGACAUGUUUGAGGCUGCUCUGGGAGCUUGUGUCCGUAUCGAUUCGAAGGAUGAGAACGCUGAUACGGAUUCUCUUAUUACGACCAUCAGCUUCAACCUAGGUCGCAGCUACGAGGCCCAGGGUAUGACGGAUCAGGCCAUUGAGGUGUACGAGCGGCUACUAGCGCGGCAUGACGACUACAUUGAUGCGCGCACGCGCCUUGCAUACAUCAAGCUCCGCAAGAAUCCCCACAAGGAAGGACCCGACGCCGUCGCCAAGCUCUACCAGGAGAACAACACCGACCUCGAAGUCAGGGCGCUGUACGGUUGGUAUCUCGGCAAGGUCACAAAGAAGAAGGCUGUCAGCCUAAACGAGGACCCUGAGUUCCGACAUUACAAGCACACUCUCCAGCAUUACGACAAGCACGAUAGAUACGCGCUUGUGGGUAUGGGUAACUUGUAUCUCGCGCAGGCAAGGGAAAUGCGGCGUGAGACGGACCAGGAGAAGCAGAAACGGAGCGCUACCUACAGCAAGGCGGUGGAAUUCUUCGAGAAGGCACUCUCUCUGGAUCCUAAGAACGCCUACGCUGCCAUGGGCAUUGCCAUUGCAUUAGCUGAGGACAAGAAGGACCUCAAGAAUGCUCUGGCAAUCCUGGUUAAGGUUCGCGAAACCAUCAAGGACACUCAUGUCCACGUCAAUUUGGGUCAUAUCUACGCCGAGCUUCGGCAAUUCAAUAAGGCUAUUGAGCACUACGAGGCGGCGUUGGCGAAAGAGGGCAAGGAGAACGACACUGUUAUCCUCUCCUGCCUUGGAAGAACCUGGCUCAACAAGGGUCGCACCGAUCGAGAUCUCGAUGCGUACAAGUCCUCUCUGGAGUGUGCCAAGAAGGCACUUGAGGCUGCACCUGACCAGGUUCAUUACAAGUUCAAUGUCGCCUUUGUCCAAAUCCAGCUCGCCUCUACCAUCUACAACCUGUCUGAGAAACAACGGUCUCUAGAACAGCUCGAGGAGGCGGCUGAAGGUCUUGAGGCUGCCAUCAAGGCCCUCGAUGAAAUCGCCGCCCACCCCCAUACACCCUACCCCAAGCACGAUGUUGAGCAGCGUGCCAACAUGGCCCGUAACACGCAGCGAAAGCAGCUCGAGAGAGCCAUCGCGAGCCAGAAAGAGUACGAGGACAGGAACAAGGAGAAACUUCAGGCGGCCAUGGAGCAAAGGCAGGCGGAGCUCAAGAGAAGGGAAGAGGAGCGCCAAAAGGCACUCGACGCGGAACGCGAGAGGCAAGAGCGAAUCCGAAAGGAGCGUGAGGCCAUCGCGGCUAAGGAUGCGGAGCUGGCACAGGCCAGGAUGGAACGAGAGAAGGCAGCUAUGGAAGCCGAGAUGACUACGGAUUCCGAGACUGGCGACCGAGUCAAGCGGAAGCGGAAGCCGGCGCCUCGCGCGGCUGGCGAGCCCAAGCCGAAGCGAACCCCGCAGAAGAAGAAGAAGAAGGAGAGAGCUGAGUCGGACAGCGGAUCCGAGGGCGAACGUCCCUCGAAGAGGAGGCGGAAGCUUACGAAGCAGGAGAAUACCAAGUUCAAGUCGGCCGAGAUCAUUGUCGACAGCGACGAGUCGGAGGGCGAUGCCGACGAGGAUGCUCUCGAGAAGGCCGAGAGGGACCUCGACAGGUCUUCCACGGCGUUUGGUUCCGACGAUGAGGACGACCGGGCUCGCGACCAGAGUGACGACGAAGAGAGGAUGGAUGUUGAUAACAAGGCGGAGAGGGCUGGCGAUGAUGAAGACGAGGAGGCCGAGGAGGUUACUCGGCGGUCGAGAGCCCGUCGGGGCCGGAUCGUUGAGAGUGACGAGGAGGACGAAGACGAGGAGGCUAAGAAUGCUAGCGAUGAGUCCGACAAUGACGCGGAGCCAUCGGCCAAGGAUACUAGUAUGGUGGAUGUUGAUAACGAUGAUGAUGACGAGUAA